GAUAGAUGAUAACAACCAAACGCAAACGCGGUAAUGUUGUACUUCGGUACAGAGUUGUUUUACUUUGUUUUUGCAGCUAAUAUUCCGAAGACUGACUCUGCUAGCUUAGUUACUUUGUAAGAAGUGGAUGAGCUGUAGCUGUUGCAGCCGCGUAAGCAAUUUGAUCUUCACAGAUUCUAUUCCCAUACGUACGGCUUCGUAGUGCACGCGAAAAGAUGAGGAUUGCUUUGCAAACCCAAGAGGGGGACAUCAAGGACUGUCUCGACGAUCUGAAAAAGGCCAUUGCUGGUCUCUCUUCGUCGUCCGGGUCACGAGCAAGCCCAGCGUCAUCACUAAGGCUUCCGCUAAUUGUAGCAAUGCAUCUCUGUUAUUUACAUCGUGUAAGUGUAACUUUCUCUGUUAAAAAUUUACAACGUGUAACAACUUUGAUGCACUGUACUUAUCCUAGUUUUAUUCAAGUGGCAGAAAAAUAUCAAAGAUCCGCUUCCAGUAGGUCGUAGUAAUUUAGAAGAUGUGAGUAGUUAAAAUUAUUCAUUGUACAAUGGAUCCGUACGUAAAGGUCAAGGUCUAACAUCAGUAUCUUCAGGAGGAGGCGUUCAGCAAAUGCGGUUAUGCAACCAGCUUGGUUCACGGGCUCGGAAUUUGCUCGAAAGCAUGCAACUGGAACUGCGAACUGUGAAGGACGAGAGCAUCCGAAACGGAUACGAGAAUAACUUGCAGGAGUUUAGGGGUGAACUUUUAUGGCAUGAAACGACGUGAUGAAUACUUUCUAUGCGACUUGUAUAUGUAAGUAUAUUAAAUAGAAUAUAUUCUAAAAUAUUUUUCUAUUAAGGAGCGAGAAUUAAUCCUUAGUAUUUUUAGCGUUCGACAACACGUGCUCGCUCGCCGACGACGAAGCUCGAUCAUCUAGCCCUCUUCAAGAUGACGUUUGCUGUCGUUAUUCAUUGUUUUUACAGGACCAGAUUGAUAAAUGUACAUGAUCCUCGUCCAGAAGUACUUUCUUAGAAAUGCAGCUUGUUCUUCUUCAUCAUUCAUAUCCUCGCAAGCUGCAAACUGAGCUGGAGUUCAGACGGAAAGAGAUUUCCUCGCAGCGAGACAGUAGAAAAAAACAGUCGCUUUUAGCAGGUGGCCAAGGAGGGUUCGGGCAGAGUGCGGCAGAACGACUAAGCGACAUACGGAUAGAAAUGGACACCGGAGACGGACAACAGCAGAUGCAAGUAGUUGAUACUUUUACGAGUACGACGUCUCAUAAAUAUCUAUAUUUUCACGACGUCUCAUAUAAUGCCGUGGUACUAGUAGAAGGUUAUCAUUAGGCCUUGGUUUAAUGUAAUUCAUGAUUGCUUCUAGUUCUACAAGAACUUCCACUUGCUAGUGUUGUUUCAAGUUCGUCUUCGUGCUCAUCAUCAUAGUGGUUGCUGUUUUAAGUCUCUGUCUCUCCGCUCCUCAAACUCAGGCUCAAAAUCGCGCAGUAGCGCUUGGGGACCAGCUGCAGGACCGCACUGAAGAAAGCCUAAAAAGGAUACUUCGAAUGGCGAAUGAUGCGGAAGUAGUUUAUGGUGGAUGAAUAUGGUCAGUUGUUUCAAUCAUCGUCUAGAUGCUCUCUCCUGUCGUCCUGCCCUCUGUCCUGCACUUGGCCAAAAACAAGAUAAUUUGUUCUCGAUUUCUUCUACUUAAGCCUUCGCCUGUAGCCAGAAGAACGUGAUGAAAGCUCUAUUAUUAUUAGAAGAGAUUACAUCAUGUAUGCAGAUGCACAGCCACGACAGUAUCCUAUUGUAGUUCUAAUUCCUCGGCCAAAAAGCCUUGCAGGAGAUGCAUGCACAGGAGAACAGGAUGGGCAGAGUCCACGAAGACAUGGAUGAUGUCCACGCAACGUUAGCGAGAACCAAGAACGUAGUUGCCGGACUAAUGCGAGGCGCCGCUAGUGACAAGUGCGUCCAGAUUCUUUGCGCGUUUAUUGUUUAUGACGGGUAGCGAAUAUGUUGACAACUACAGGUUCAAAUAUAGUCAACAACAUCUUCUUCCUCAAUAUUUGAGCUAUCGCUCGUUCAAGACCGUUUUUGACUAGGACUACACUACGUUUGCAUCUCCGUCCACCUCAUAGCUACUCUCGCACUACGUCAACUUGCCCCGGCCUCGCAUUUACGCUAAUAAAACUGUUUUCUUUAAGAAUUAUUAUCUAUACCUACUUUCACUCCCUAAGUCACCACUAGAUACCCAACCUCCCCCUAUGUAUUAGGAAUCGCUAGCGUUCCCGCUUUCACAACACUCUGGUCAUACUCCUGUGCAUAAUCCUGGCAGCAGUCGGUGCAGAUCAAGGACGGAUGAACGUGCCAGAUGAAGUGCGCAGUGAGGGGAACGGAUGAGGACAGAUUGCAGAGGGUCAUCAUGCUCGUCAAGAUGUUCUACUUCGAUGAAUGUUCUAGUAGUUGUCGCCAGGCUUUCUCAACAAGAAUUUCUGCUGCAUCGACAGAAGAUUUGUUUGCAUGUUCUUCUGAUUUUGCGUAUAAUAUUACAGGGGAAGAGCAUGAGUAUAGUACAGCACCACAU